AUGCCGGCGGCCGCCAUUUUGUUGUUCCCCACGGUUUCUGUUUCUGCAAAGCAUUCUGGUUGUCAAAAUAAUGUUGACAAUUUCAAAUCGCAUUUUCGUCAGUCCUUUAAGAGACUAUCUGAUGCGUACGUGUGUCUUGACUUGACCCUGGCGAGCACUCGCGCAGGAAGAGCUGGUCCGUUUCCGUACCUGCUGAUGCUGAUCAACUACAUAUUCAUAGAAAUCAUGGCCAUCCCGAAAACCCUCCUUAGAAGAAACCUGAAACUCAUCAAGAUGUCGUCGAAGGCGGAAAUUCAGACUUCUGCAGAUUUCGACUCGCUCGUCUUCGGCGGAAAGGUAGUCCUUUCCCGAGAUCUUCAAGGUCCACUCGAGCAGCUGAUGGAAAGACUGGACUUGGAAGAUGAAGCCAACUCCAUCGCGCUCAAGAUUAAGAUCAAUGGCAAAAUGAUUGUCGCAGGCAUGGGUGGAUACAUGACAGACCAGGCUCCAGAGGACACUCUGCUGGUCCCCGAUUGGUUCUUCGAGAGCCUGGAUGUCCUGCCAGACGCUCAGGCGGAUGUCUUUCUUCUGCCUUCGAAGCCGAAGGAGGCAGUGAACUUGUUUUUCAGCAGUAAUUUCCCCCGCGAAGAUUACUUGCUUCAAUUGCUGAAGGAGCGCCUGGCCAGCCUCGUCUACAUAAGUAUUGGGGAUAAGAUUCCCUUUGACUUCCAAGGAAGGGAUGCCUUUGCCACGCUUGAACACUCAUAUCCUAUUAGGAAAUCCCUAACUAUUGCAAAGGGUGUCAACAACCAGGUCAAUGGGGACAUUAUCAUCGAUUAGACUUGAGUUUUCCUUUUCUUGAUAGUUAAAUUAUUUUGCCUUAUUUCAGUUAAAUUAAAGUAAAUACACCUAAAGAUACAGUUUACACUUUUAAGUACUCUCCAGCUUGCAAGGGUAAGAUGACUUGCACCAAAAGAGUGGGAAGUGGGAAGACAAAACAUCAGGCACUUUCAAUUUAUCACUAGUGACUUUUUUAACUGGGUGAAAUAGUGUAGGAUAAAUUUGUGUUCUCCAAAGCUAAACUUCUACUUAUGAUGAUAUGUGUUCAAGUACAUUGACUUGAAUUGAUACUUGAAAACUAGUGAGCACUAGAAUGUGCUAAUUUAAGUUAAAUAUGCCCUUAUAUGUUUCCAUUGGCUUAUCUUUAUUUGCACUAAUUAAUAAUUUAUGUGCUAUGUAAGCAACUUAAGCUUGAUUUAAAUGAGAAUAUGGUCUGAAUCUCCCAUAACCCCAAAGAUUAUUUUUUAACGCAUUGCCGAUCUUUGAUCUUUAAUGCUGCCCUCAGUACAAUUUAGCAAAGUUUCUUGUAAAGAGAUAGCGAGUAAUAUUAACGUGAGAAAAGUUUCUCAUCAUACUGCAGUUAUUGAACUGGUGUGUUUUCCUUUUUGCAGCUCAUACAUAAUCUGUAAAUUCUGUUAUUUUUUAUUUAACAGUAGAUGUGUGUAGAUAAGCGCUCUUUAAUGACAUUAUAUUUUAAAAUUAACCAAAAUUAACUGGAAGUGGGUGUGUAUGUGCAUUGAUUCUUUCUGUGUUCUGUAAAUUUAUAAGAUGUUGGAAAGAGAAUAAAAAACUUUAAAAGCAUAA